UGAGGACUAAUGAUUUUGAAACAGCUCCGCAUUUGAGAGCCUCUGUCAUCCUAGACGGCAGAUAUCGAUGUUGGCAAUCGUAUCAACGGGUUACGCAGGGUUGUGAGUUAGCUAGCCAUGGGUUGAUAACUAACGAAGUAAAAUGGGGGUAUUUUGUCCGUCUCGCCUCUCCGCGUUCUUCGCGUUAAAAAGCCAUUCCCAAUUUGCCAGAUCGUGCGCUAUAGAAAACAAUGGGAGACCGGCUAGACGGUGGUGCUGAAGAAGUGGUCCAGGUGUGCUCCGUUAUAGCAAGGCAUUUUGACUACAAACUUUGAGAGAAGUCCGACUUAUUUCAGAUACUUUCUUGGUGUCUUUUCGGGUGAAAACGCAACCUCUAGAACUAUUUCCUCUCUCGGGUCAUUCGUGUGUCAGAGGAAGGAACGUUCAGCACCAAGUUACAGGAAAGCGCCCUGGUCAACGCGUCCUAAAGUGGAGUGGACCAAGCUUUACAAAGUGUCUGUAAACCUGGUUCGAUGGGCUCUGGAGAUCACAGACGCAGCCUAGUGGAGAUCCUGAGGCAGGGCUAUGAGGGGCCGGAGGAGGAGUCCAGGGCCCUAGUGGAACUGGAUAAGAGCCUAGGUGCCGCCCAAUGAAGAUGGCAGCACGGCCCCACACUGGCAGUGAGAUGCCCCUGGAGGAGCUGCUGGCGCUGUAUGGCUACGAGGUGUCUGAUCCCCUCCUACAGCAGGACAGGGAGCCCAAUGAGCUGUCAGCCAGUCUGCCUGACAUGACACUGGACAAGGACCAGAUAGCUAAGGAUCUGUUCUCAGGAGAAGAUGAAGAGGAGUCAUCAGCUGAUGACCUCACUCCCUCUGUCACCUCCCAUGCCUCCGACCUCCUCCGCCGCCACCUAAGAGCCCAUUCCCUAGCAAGUGGAGACAAAGGCACCUUAGUCAGCACCUCAGAAGAAGACUCAGACAAUGAUGACGACACCUCCAUUCCCUCCAAUGAUGGACGCAAGGACAUCAUGGUGGGCUCAAUGUACCAAGCCAAAAUCCCUACUCUCAGCCUAUACUCAGACCAGGAGAGAGUCUAUGAGAAUGAGGACCAGCUCCUGUGGACCCCAGACAUGCUGUCAGGUCAUGUUGUAGAGGAGUUCUUACUGAGUGCCCAGAGAUGGGGAGGCCAGGAGGGCGCUAAAGACACCCUUAUCACUGGGGAAAUAAUCAAAGACAAUGAUCAGGCUCUGUAUGAGCUGGUGAAAUGCAGCUUCAAUGCAGAGGAGGCACUGAGAAGACUGCGCUUUAAUGUGAAAGUGUUCAGCGAGGAGCUGUGUGCCUGGAGCGAGGAAGAGUGUCGAAACUUUGAACAUGGCUAUCGCGUUCAUGGGAAGAACUUCCACCUCAUUCAGGCCAAUAAGGUACGCACACGGUCGGUGGGGGAGUGUGUGGAGUAUUACUACAUGUGGAAGAAGUCGGACCGCCAUGAGUACUUUACCCAGCAGACCACCAAGCUGGGUCGCAAGAAGUACAGUCUGCAGUCAGGGAACAUGGAAGAUGGAGAGCAGGAUGGAGAGGUUGGGGAGAUGGAGGGGUGCUCCCAGAUUGAGCCCCACUCACCCCCACCAGUCACGGACGUGGACAAGCAAGAUGCUGAAUUGCAGAUGGAGGUGUUGGAGCUGUGUGGUGCUCCUUGUCCCAGUCCAAGCCCACAGAGGGAGCAGCUGUUCAGCCACUUAUCUCCACUCCCCUCUCUGAAGGACCUGCAGCAGGAGCCCUCUCUGAACUGUCCUAGCCCGGUCCGCUGUCCCACCUCUCCCCCUGCCCAGCUCCACCCCUUCCCCCGGCCCAGCGGCAGCCCCACAUCCUCCCCAGCAGAGCCUCAUCUCCUGGGUUCUGGCUUCUACCAGCUACAGCUGGGACCCUUUCUUCCAGACGGUCUGUCCAUGGGGCCAGAGGAUGGGGCCUCUCAGAGGCUGAAGGUGGACUUCUCCCUGCCCUCCGUCCCCCAGCCCCCACCCUUGCCUGCCAUUGCCCCAUCCUCCUCCGUCACUUCUGACUUUGGGGCCAUCAGCAGUUACCUGUGUCCCUCGGCCCUGUGCCCCCCUCCCGUCCAGCACUCCGGCUCUCUCACCAAGUGAGGGGAGGAAGAAGGGUGUCUUCACCCUGGAGAACAUUCCAAUAAUGCCUGGGUUGUUUGUACUUCUAAGUACUGCCAGUUGAAGCUAACUUGGACCAGAGCUCACCCAUGUGAUGGUGUGAAGCUCCCCAGGAGAGAAACUGUCUUUUUGCCCGGGAGAUAGGCCUACCUGUAUCAGUGUUUACUAGGGGACUCCCACUGCUCACAAGCACAAUGGCUUACCUACCUGUCUAUUCUGGAAGGGCAGUAGUUCUACGGAGACGUUCUUAGAGAAUUCUUAGAUAUAAUGUUGGGACUGGAAAAGCUGGUGGGCUCGUUGAUGGCUCCAAGGCCAAAACAGUUAGCCUGAUGUUUGUUGCAGUGGCCUCAUUCAGAGCAGAACUAGAGACUGUGAUUUAACCUCCCUCACUGAUUUCCCAACUUUUACUGGGAACAGUGAGCAGCAGACAGACCGCAUUACCUGGAAUUCAUCAUGCUGUAUUAUAGCAGAUGUCCACGAGAUGUUCUCAUUCUCUAUCAGUUCUGAUAAGGCUGUUUUUAGAAGCAGGGUUCAGUCUGCACUUGUAUGACUUAUCACCACUCUGACUGUGGACCUCUUAGAUAAGAUCUGCCUACCUGGUUCACUGUGAGAGCUUCCACCUCUCUUGAACAUCUACAACUGAAACUGAAGGUUUUGUAUACAGUACGUUUAAGAGGAAAGAUCUGUAUAGGAAUACCAUGAAACUAUGCUUUUGAGAUUGUGACAAUGUUUUUAUUUGAUUGGUCUUUGUUCCCAGUUCAGGUAUUCAUUGGCAGGUUUGCAAUAAGGAACCUGAGUUUGUGAUGGGAGUCCUUGUGUUCUCUCUUUCCAGUUUAUGUUGACAUUUAAAGGUCUUGUACAGUACCAAACUCCCACAAUUGCCUGACAACCACGGUAGGCACAUUAGCCUGUGUUUUGCGCAUUAUUGUACAUGCUACUGUAGAUAAGUCACUGAAUACACAGGUACUGUAGCCUCUGGCUUCUUCCCUGUAUCUCAACUCCAGUUUUUGUGUGAUUUAAGGUUUGAAUAUUGCCCUGAACCACCCAUCCGACCUUGUGGAUAACAGUCAUUGAAAAAGCCCAACGGCAUUGAAGGACAAAGAACCAAAAGGGGUGUGUUCAGAAGGGUGAAACCUUAUGAACGUUGCAGAUAGAGAAUGUGAUAUACAGAGCUAACGCGCUUGCUUAUUCCGUACCGUUGCACCCUCCUGAACAGACCCCAGGUUUCACUGAUGCUGUACUGUAUUCUGCCACUAGAGGACAUUGGCUGUCGCCCAGUCUGAAGAGCGCCUGCCUGCUUCGUUCCUCCUGCUCAGGGGGAGAGAAUCUGUCCCCUGUGCUCUCUGUCCCGACGGCAGGAAAACUCCCUUUCUUUAUUUAUUCCCCAUUUUCUAUUUUUAUAGGUGGGGUUUUCCCUCUACUCCCUGCUCUGACCUUAGCUGUUCUAGAUCGGUUUGUUUUUGUUCAACCGUUUACAGGAGGUUCUGGACGUUGACUGUCGGGACAGGAAGGGGAGUAGAAACACUGCCUUUUGUUUAUUUUUUAGCAUUUAUAUCAUACUGCUUCUGUUUAUAUUGGUUUGUAAUUAUAAUUGUUAUAUUUUGUUAAAAAAUAUAUAUAUUAAAAAUGUUGACAAUUAAUGAAAGUCAUUGCGCACAUACACACACCAGUACUUGAAUCUUAGUCUUGUGUGCAACUCUGUUGAAAGAGACUUUAGUACUUCAAUUCAAUUUCCAACAACAUUGUACCCACAUGAUUCUCUUGUGGACAGACUAUGUAUCUGACCAAAUUCUGCAAGAUUUUAAUUCUGGGCUCACCAAGAUUGUACCAAAAUGUUUUCACAUAUCCUGUGAUUGGGUGGUGCCAGUAUAGUAGCUGAAUAACCCACACUGUGGAGAUCUGUAGUUGUUCAGAAACUUGGUUAACGCAGAACUCACACUGAAUAACACAUACCCAAACAAAUCCCCACAGUACUCAUGUACUGGCCUUACACUAUGCCUACGGUAUAACCAGGCUUCAAAUUCAACUGGAUAUUCUGUACAUUUCUGCAUUACAUUAUUUUGAAUCAGGGUCUGGUUUAUUUGAACUGAUGCAACAGAGAGCAAUAAAUUACAGGCUUACUUCCUCAAAGGUAAACUCAUUCAUUAUUCUGAAUUCCUUGGAAAGUGACUAAGUGACUGACAGGUGAACACUAGCAAGGAGUGAUAACCAUUCAUUAGGAAAUGCGGGAGGGAUAUGGCAUCCACUAAUUCCCAUACAUUGUUUUUCUAAUGUGAUCUGUGAUCCACAAUUUGAUAAACAAGAUAGUGAGCUUGGCAUGUGUAGCCUAUUGGCCCACUGUAUGAGAGGCUACUACAGGACACUGUCAUAACUGAGGGGAGGGGGGAGUGUGCAGCGAACAGUAUGAGUUAGUAAGGUUCUUGGGACUGUCACACAUCUCUACACACCGUCUACACAGAGCUAUGUGUCUUGUGACUCCGAGGACACCGUUCGUGGUGGCGGACCCCUUUCUAAUGAGGCGUGUUGAGAUUUGUUUACACAGACGAGACAACCUUAUAACCCAUAUCUCAGGCCAAUGAGAGGGUUCAGAUAGGCAGACUCGGGGUGCUGGAGGUAUAGGGAUUCACAUUGACUCAGGCUUGACAACAGGAGUCUUGCACUAGUGGCUCUUCUUGUAGCGCUUCAUAUUUGCACUGCUUCAGGUGAGAAUUUUUAGAGUGGUGGGUCUACAGGCAUUGGAAGUUGGAACAAGUCUUGCUUCUCUUUAAAAAUAAAAAGACUAGCUAUUCAAGAGCCCUUGGUGGACUAGGUGUUGUGAAAUUGGCAUGCUACUACCUCGACAGGGUUUCUUUCUUAUCAGUGUGUAGACUAACCUGAAUAACCUGAAGUAGGCUAGGUUACAGCAGUCUGUUUCAUGGACUCACGGACAGAGCUAUGGAUACACUGAUUGACCAGUAAAUACAAAAUUAUAGUUUUAACCAUGUUUUGAGGCAAUACAAACAAACACGUUUAUAUUUUGGGCUCUGAUGAAGUAUCUGGUGUAUAUAUAUAUAAAAACAAACCGACCAAAACAAACCUGGACCGGCACAGACCUAAAAACAACAGUACUAUAAUUUGAUAGUUUCCUAACAGCAAGUGUUUUACUGAGUCUUCUUUUACUGCUGUCUGCUAUGUUGGUCUUAAUAUAUAUUCUUCAAGAAUCAAUGGGUAUAUAUUAUUAAUGUACUGUAGCAACUGCAGAUUUCCCCUUUAAAUGAAUUCAGGACCUUAAUUCAGAGCUUGGUUGUGGAGGAAUGCAAUUGUUUUGGAUUGUUUUAUUUUCAUUGUGUUUUUUUCAAAAUCAUUUUGUAAUGUAUUGCUUUUUUAUGUUUUAUUUUUCAUAUGUUGUUUCUUGAUUUUGUGUUACCUUUCAGGAUAUAGGUCUCAUUUGAUGGCGCUGAUAGACAUGACCGUUCUGUUUCUGGCUCCUAAGCAACUUUGUUACAAGCAUUUCGCUACACCCAUAAAAACAUUGUUAAAUAUGUGUAUGCCGACCAAUAAAAUUUGAUUUGAUUUGGAAAAGAGA